AUGAGUAAGCGGUUGUUUCUACGCAUAGUCGACGACUUGGAAGCCAACUACGAUUAUUUUAAACAAAAACCGGAUGGGAGAGGGGCACUUGGAUUUACCGGUAUCCAAAAGUCUACGUCGGCAUUACGAAUCCUUGCUUAUGGUAACACUACCGAUAUCAACGACGAGUAUCUAAAAAUGGCGGAGAAAACAACACGAGACAGCUUGGAACAUUUUUGUCGCGGUAUAGUUGAUGUGUACGGUGCGCGUUAUCUUAGAACGCCUACAUGGGAGGACCUUCAAAAGAUCUACGAGGUACAUAAUGCCGAGCAUGGUUUGCCUGGUAUGAUCGGGAGCAUAGAUUGCAUGCAUUGGCGUUGGGAUAACUGCUCGACUGCAUCGUGGUGA